AUGGGUUGCCGGAAGCAGUUGUUUGGGGAGGAAAGCAAUUGUAAAGGGGUUGUGACUGAAUCGUCGGCAUCGCAAACAAUGCACACGACUAAUGUGGCUGUGGCAGAUGGAAGAUCAGGACAAGGUCACGAUAGCUUACCGGCAUGUAUUUCAGAAGGUGGAACAUCAUCGUGCACACCAGGCCGUAACGAGGAUGUUGUGGCUGGCAUUUCAGAAGCCGGAACAUCAUCCAGCAGAGGCAUGUUCUCACCAAUGGCAAUAGUUACAGAAAGCGAGAACGCUACACCAGAUGCCGAAAAGAAGUACACCCAUAAAGAAGACAUUGAUCCUGCCCUCAUUCCUAGGCCUGGGAUGUCAUUCAGAAACCGAAAAGAGGCCAGGGAUUUCUAUGAAGCGUACGCCGAGGAGUGCAGCAAUGAGGGGGUUCAUACUUACUUUAAAAAAAAUGAGGAGCUGCGUGUUAGGAACAAUACCACAAAGAAGACACACUGCAUGUCGAAGAUGAAGCUUAAAAGAAUUUAUGAUGAAAACAAGAAUGAAAUAUCAGUGGUGAUUGAGCAAGUGGAUCUAAUGCAUAACCAUCCAUGUCUUAAAAAGAAAGAAGAAAUAAUAAAUAUGAGAUCACACAAGGAAAAGGAUCCGGUAUUACUUGAGUUUGUUGAUGACCUCCAAGCAGCGGAUGUCCCGCAUCAUAGUAUACAGAACAUUGUUAGAGACAUGCAUGGGGGAGGUGAGAACGUGCCAAUGACCAGGCAGGAUCUUGAGAACAGGAAGGCGGCUAAUGUGAGGGCAGAACAUGCCAAUGACAUUGCGAAGCUUCUAGAAUUCUUUGAAGACUGCAAGGCGCAGAACCCACAAUUUUGUUGGUAUGUCAAGAUCGAUAAAGAAGGGAUGAUUCAUAGCUUAUUCUGGAGUCACGCUAGCAUGCAGGCAGAAUAUAAUGAUUUUGGAGAUGUGAUGACAUUCGACACCACACACAAGACAAAUAUAUAUGAGAAGCCACUAGCUAUGUUUGUGGGUGCAAACCAUCACCUACAGAACACAUAUUUUGGAUGUGCGCUGUUAGGCGAUGAGACAAUAGAAACAUUCCAAUGGGUAUUUCAAGCUUUCAAGAAAUGCAUGGGAAGACAUAGGACUAGGUGCAUUAUCACAGAUCAGGAUCAGGCAAUGGAAGUGGCCAUAGGACUGGAAUUCCCUGGUGUCAUCCACAGGAUUUGUCGGUGGCAUGUGGUUAACAAGCAUAUGCCGAACCUGAAUGAGAUAUUCAGCCUUUAUGAGAAACAACACUUCAAGGAAAAAUUCAAGUCGGUGCUGAACCACCCCCUGACACCCGCCGAAUUUGAGAGAGCAUGGGAAGAACUGAUAACAGAGUUUGAUCUGCAAGGAAAUGCCACUGUGGAGAGCUUAUUCCGGCAACGAGCUAGGUAUAUCCCAGCUUUCUUUAAAGAUGAUUACUGUGGGAUGAUGACAUCGACACAGCGUAGUGAGAGCAGUAACUAUGCGAUUAAGAAGAAUUUUGUCGGAAAGCAUACAUGUUUGCACAAGUUUGCAAAGCAUACUCUAGAUUUCAUGCAGACACGGAAGAUGAAGGAGGGAGCUGAAACAUACCUUGCAACGAGCAAGACACUUACCAAGAACAAAUGGCCAUUUGAGGUUCAACUAGGAAGGAUAUAUACACGGGCAGUGUUCAGAAACUUCGAAAAAAAAAUGGUCAAUUGCACCGCAUACAACAUAGAGGAUGAUCCAGAGCUAGGCGAGCAUUGGUACAGGGUUUGUCACACGAAUAGGACUAUUUUGCGUGCCUUCAUUCAUGUCCAAGUAGACAAGAUUCCACGUGAAUACAUUUUUAAGCGCUAUACAAGGUUCGCUAGGAGGGAGGUUGACUUUGAUACGAGCGACAAGCUUCUAACCGGGGAGGACGGCAACACACAAAGCUAUAGAACAAAGACUCUAAUACCAAAAGCUAUGAAGGCGGUCAGAUCAGGGAGCAUGUCUAACGCUGCUUACAGAAGAUUGCUCGAAGUUUUAGAAGAUGUCACGAAGGAAAUAGACAAUAUCCCCCAAGACAUUGGUGCAGAAGCGAGGAAGGGACAAGGUCCAUCAAGGACAGAGGACAAUUCUAGAGAUAGCAGCAGCGACGAUGACAUUGAAGAAGGAAGAUGUGAGGAGACAAGGAUAACACGGAAAAUUUUACCAGCUGCGAACCAGUUACUACAUGGAGGUUGUUCAAAACAAAUGAAGGCAGCAGAAAUAAAGGAAUCUGGGACCACAUGUAGAGUUGAGGCUAGCCAUGUGCUGGAUUGCAAUAAAGAAAUAGGGAAGAAAAAGGCAGCAGCAGCAGCAACAAGUGAAGAAGGGUCACAACAUGAACAGGUAGAGCAGCAACAAGUGAAGAAGGUUCACAACAUGAACAGCAGUAACCAUGAUCGUGCACAACCCGUGGCCUCCGCACACCCCACUCCAACGACCGAAAGAAAAAAAAACUCCACAUGA